GAGGAGGAUUACGUGCGGUAGCGUCGGCGGUAAGACCGGGACCUCAAAGCCCUACUCUCACUGGAUCAUACUCGGCCACCCCUUUUCUUCUCCUUUUCUUUCUAUAUAUAAAAUCCACGGGGCCUUCGGAGGGGCUUAGUUUUUGAAACCACCCACUGCCCAAUCAAAUAGGUGAAUUCACGCACAGAUGGAGUGGUUGUAGAUUCUUCUAUCGGUUGCGAGCUUCUCCAGAUUAUUCCCUUCUUCGUUUCUUCUUCUACUACUCAGACCACUCACGAUGGAUAGGUACCAGAGAGUGGAGAAGCCGAAGUUAGAGAACUCUCCUAUAAACGAGAAUGAGAUUCGCAUUACUACUCAAGGAAGGAUGAGGAACUACAUUACUUAUGCCACCACUCUUCUCCAGGAUAAAGAGUCAAACGAGAUUGUUGUCAAGGGAAUGGGCAGAGCUAUCAAUAAGACUGUUAUGAUAGCUGAACUAAUUAAGAGAAGGAUUGCUUGUCUCCAUCAGAGCACCGCAAUUGGAUCUACUGAUAUAACUGACAUGUGGGAGCCACUCGAAGAAGGCCUUCUUCCUCUCGAGACUACAAGGCAUGUCUCGAUGGUAUCAAUUAUCUUGUCCAAGAACGAGCUAGAUGCUUCCUCCACAGGGUACCAAUCACCUCUUCCCGUUGACCAGGUGAAACCAUGGAAUGAAUUAGAAGAUGACGGAGAGGGAUCGCCUAGAGGUAGAGGCAGAGGACGUGGUAGAGGAAGAGGCAGAGGUAGAGGGAACUACAAUGGUCCAUCUGAGUAUCAGGGCGAUGGUUGGGAUGGAGGGCAAGGCUUUGGAAGUAGAGGUCGUGGACGUGGACGAGGUCGUGCAUUUCGUGGAAGAGGACGCGGUUAUGGUUACCAAUCAGGUGGAUAUUUUGAUUAUGGUGAUCCUAUGGCACCACCAGUACCUGGUUUUGCAGGGCGUGGUCGGGGCAGGGGGCGGGCUCGUGGCCGUGGUGGUUUUUAUCGAUCAGAUGGUCCAGUUCAAGCAGCAGCUGCUUGAGAGGCAAAUUGUUGAUGAAUGUGGUUGGUAACAUCGGUGCCAUGGGGGUAGGAGUUUUAGUUUCCUUAGCGUUUUGACAUAGGAAGAUUUUGGUAGCUCCUAAUUAACUUCAGACCCAAAUUUUUACUCUAUUCAAUAGGCGGUAGUGUAGAAGCAGCCGUACAUUCUUUCAUACCCUUUUUCAACCAAAUUUAAUGGAAUAGCUGCAUUUCUAUGAA